AUGUCAAGUCAGUGGUGCAUUGGAGUUCUUCCGACGUUGGUAGUACAUGCUUCAAAGCCCUCAGUCAUCACUCAAGAUUUAGCCUCUAAUCCUUAUUCAAAAUCGCAGUUAUGGAAUGAUCAAGAAUCAUCUGUGGGCGACGUAUCUACAAAAUUCAUGAGAGCUAUUUCAAAGAACACAGAAUUUCAUCUUUCUGGAAAACGAAAUGUUGUCACGAGUAUGGCGAACGGAGGAGAGCAACCUUUCGAGUUGUUUCCAAUGGCUGGACGUGGUCAACCAAUAGCUGUUAAAGCUGAUAUUGAAUACAAAUUUUUGGGAAUGGAUUUUGGUGGUCAAUAUGUGAAUGGACAUUUGAUCGUUUUGAAAAAUCCUAUUCAACAUUUUUCGUUUUUGGAACCUGGCCCUCCACCACAAGCAGAACCAAGCAAAAAAUCAGAAAGCACGUCACCCAUAUCCAAAAUUGUCAAUGCAUACCAACAAUCAAACAGGGAUAUGAGAGGUGGUUGUUACUAUAAUGUGACAGCGACUGUUGUGGAAACAGCAAAACAUAACUUGAACAAUCAUUUCUGUCUGUAUUCCACAAACGCUGGAUUUUUUAAUACUCAUGUUCAUUCAUGUUUGGGAAAUGUUAUUUCUGAUGGUAGAGUCAUUCAUUCAAGUAAGAGGCAUAAUGUGAAUUUUGGAAUCAUGAAGGAAGGCCAAUAUUUCGUUGGAUAUUUGAAUGAGAACACAAAUUUAAACAAUUUUGACCAAUUGAUGGCAGGAGUUAUUUGGCUUGUAAGGAAGGGUAAAUCAUUUGUGACUGAAAGUGAAAUUAUUGAGGAAAUGUCCACACAAGAGACUGGUCCUUCAUUUGUUACCGUACGUGCUUCUCGAUCUGCUCUCGGUCACAACAAGGAGGGUCAUCUUGUUCUCGUGUCUAUUGAUGGUGAUGGAAAUCAUAACAAAGGUCCAACACUUCAUGAAUUAGCCUUGUUGCUUAUUGAGCUAGGCGUUGAGAAUGCCAUUAAUCUUGACGGUGGAGGCUCUGUGACAGUCGUUCGUGACAAUAAUAUCAUUAUUAACAGCGUCAGUGAUGGAUGUCAUGCAUCUGACAACGACUAUGAUGCCGAUUUUGGCAGAAGAAACUCAUAUUUCAGAUGUCCCAGAAAGGUCAUGACUACCACAUGUUUUCAUGAUUAUUUGAGCGAGACUGAGAGAGCCAUCCAAAAAGCGCUUAUUGGACAAGACCAAGAGCAAUUUUCCUCAAGAAUCAACCAAUUUAUAUUCCUCAUGCAAGUCUUGAUUGCUGUCGUAUUGAUCAUUGGUUUCUCUGUCAUUAUCCUGUUGAUUGUUUUUACAUGUUCCUUGUGUUGCUGUGGUGGCACGAGUGGUAGCAGCACCAGUCGUGGCAGUGGUGGCAGUAAAAAGAGCAAAAAAGGGCCCAAAUAUUCCAAGCUCAAUGAGAAUGAUUUGGAAAUGAUGAACAUGACCAUUGAUGAAGAUGAUAGUGAAAAUGGAGAUGUUCUCCAAUCAGUGGACAAAGAGUUUAUGGAAACUCAAAGUCCCCAAACAACAACUCUCACAAAAUAG